AUGAAUCGAAUGCUCGCGGAUGACAUGCCCCCUCCGCGACUGGCUGUGGUUACAGCCCCUGCAGUGGAUGCCGAGUCCGGUUGGGCAGCAGCAGCAGAGGAAUUGUUGGGCGGAGCCGGCGAUGUCGCUUCAGUAGUGCCGAACCUGGACGAGGAAGGUGGUGAUGUAGAUCCGGGUGCAGAUGCCGCCGUGCCUGCGCAGGGCUUUGACUGGGCGGCAUUCAAUCGCAGUAUGCGCAAGAAAGUCCUUUCCUGGGUGACAGAGGAUGUCAGCAAUAUCUGUUUGAUGCGGUGGCUGAUGAAUUACACCACGCGGCUCCUCGCUCGGAUGUUCAAGCUCUCAGGAGCUGACUGGGAGCGAGGCCAGCAAACACGGACAGACGACAGAAGUUAUCGCAUUGUGGAGGCCAUGAUGCAGCGGGAUCUUGAUCCAACCUUCGAGGAGUUGGAGCAGGCCUUUUGCCAUGUGCCUCCUGCCCUGCCGCAGAAACGUUGGACACGCUCAACGCGCUCGCUGAGCUUUCGGAUGUUAUCCCGUCUGAGCGUUUCCCUGGACUUCCACUGUGCGAGUCUGCGUGAAGCUUCCCCUUUUGUGGUCGCCGGCCUCUUGUUAGGAGACGAAGUUGCUGAGGGGGUGGCGGAGGAGAUUCUCAACAUGCCUCGCUGUCUCUGUGAUGCACUGACCUUGAAACUGCGGGGCAUGUUCCCCACGCCGGCAGAGCUGGCUUCAAAGCGAGCAGUCGCAGUGGUACGAGGACUGGCGCAGUUGGCACGCGUAGAUGUCGGCAACAUCGAAUGUGGGCAUGCUUCUGUUCGUCAUAUUGUGGAGGGCAAGAGCAAUCAGACGUGGGAUGUAGUUUUGCCCUUGCUGUCUGCAGAGCCUUGGCCACACAAGACCAGUGACUGGCGUUUCCCAGGCUGCCUUUUUUCCAGUAAGUUAUUAAUCAAUCCUGGUGUUGCUACACAGGCUACUUCAGUGGUGAUUGAGUACUGA